CUAAGACUUUCGGCCCUCUUACAACAGUUGCCUCUUAUAUUUGUUUCUCCGCCUUACUAGCUGCAACAACUCUACUUCUCAACUUUAUUUUUGCUCGGCACCUGAAUUUCUGUGUUCAAAGUACCAUCAGAGACCAAUGAGUUCAUAUCCUCCACCAGGAUAUGGUGCACCAUCAGCACCACCACAAAGUGGUUACUAUGGUCCUCCACCACCAGGAGGACCCCCACCCCCUAAUUAUUAUCAAGGUUACUUCAAUGAUGAUCAAUACUCUCCACCACCUCCUCAACAUAUCUACCACCACCACCAUGAACAUAGCGGUUGUUCCUCAUUCCUCAAAGGCUGUUUGGCUGCUCUCUGUUGUUGCUGUAUUUUGGAAGAGUGUUGUUGCUGCUGCUUCUAGUUGGUUGGAUUUUCCACCUACCCAUAUAUCAUGUACCUGUCAAACGUAACUUGCUAUCUAUUUAUUUUAUUUCUCGAACUUUAAUAUGAUUAUAAUAAAUAAUGUUCAUAUUGGACGACUUUGAACUGCAAACUCUGUAUGAAGGUCUUCUUGCUUUUGAUUAUGUAUUUUUGAAGGCAUGUUGAUAAAUGAUGGGAGGACAAACGCCAGCUAGUUAUAUUUUAGGAAUUAAAUACUGUAUGAUUGCUUGAAAUU